AGAACAUCGCCGUCAUGUCGCCAUAUCUUGGGCGCGUAAUCCCAAAGGCGCUCCGGUUGAAUCAGAUUAUCUCACGCGUCCCGAACUCGUUACGGCAGCUCUCGGGAGCACACUUCACACGGGGCUUUUUUCAGCGGCCAGAGGUGCGACCCGUUCGGAAUGUAAAUGGUCUAAUCAACGAAACGCAGCAACGCCAUCUAUCCUCAAGUCCCCCAUUACGUGUGCCACCCUUGGAGGCUAUUGCGGGUGCUCUUCCUUUCACCUGUUGUCCGGGAUGUGGUGCAUAUGCGCAAGUUGUUGACCCCGACCAAGCUGGAUAUUACAGCAAAACCAGGAAAGCAACGUGGAAGUUUUUCAAGGAGGCGGAACGACAAUUGGAAGAGGCCAAACGAGAAUCGGAAGAGCCCAAACGAGAACUGGAAGAGGCCGAACAAGAAUCCGGAGAAGAAGAGUCAUAUUUAACAGACACGACCCGGCAGUUGCUUGAUACUAUCCAGUUUCUUAUCCACCAGGAGGCGGAGGCAAAGAAAGCUCCUAAACCUGCUUAUGGCGCUUUAGUUGACGAAAUCACAGCCACCGUUGAGCCGGUCAUUGAGAAGCCCCGAGCUCCAAUGCCGGUCUGCGAUAGAUGUCAUAGUCUCAUACAUCAUAACAAAGCGGUUCCUGUGAUCUCGCCCUCGAUAGACUCCAUCGGGGCAUACCUUGAGGAGUCACCAUACAAAUACAAUCGGGUUUACCAUGUUAUUGACGCAGCGGACUUUCCCAUGUCUCUUGUCGACAAUAUCUACGAAGCACUCUCCAUUCAAGAACAGCGGUCGCAUAACCGACGAGCUUCCACCGAGAAAUAUCGACGAGGAAAGAAACUGCCUACCAUUAGCUUUGUCAUAACACGCUCUGACCUCUUAGGUCCUACCAAGGAAAAAGUCGACUCGAAAAUGGAGUACGUGCGCUCGGUCCUCCGCGACGCACUUGGCAAGUCAUCCACAGAUUUCCGUCUAGGCAAUGUGCAUAUGAUAAGCGCACACCGCGGGUGGUGGAACAAGAAGGUCAAGAAGGAAAUCAAGGAGCACGGAGGCGGUAUCUGGGUAGUUGGCAAGGCUAAUGUCGGGAAGAGUAGCUUUAUAGAAGCUUGCUUUCCCAAGGGCUCUGAGAACCUUGAGAAGGUUGCUGAACUAGUCGAGCGCCGUAAAGCGGAGUCGGACAAUGACCUCGGCGCUGACGGCUUUCUACCACCUGCUCCUGAGGAACAUCCCUAUCCUGUCCUUCCGAUUGUUUCAUCUCUAUCAGGGACUACUGUUUCGCCGAUCCGCAUACCGUUUGGCCGAGGCAGGGGUGAAAUGAUCGAUUUGCCCGGGUUGGAGCGAGGCCAACUAGCAGACUAUCUCCGUGAUGAACAUAAGCGAGAUAUUCUCAUGACUAGCCGGGUAAAGGCAGAUCGAUAUACUAUUAGGCCAGGUCAGUCCUUACUUUUAGGGGGGGGCCUUGUACGAAUCACGUCAGUAAACCCCAACGAUAUACUAAUGGCAGCCUGCUUCAUCCCGAUCGAAGCCCAUCUCACCAAAACCGAGAAGGCUGUGGAGAUGCAGGCUGAACAGCGUCCUUACCCCGGAGAGAGUAUUGUGAAAGAAGGCAUUAGCAACGCAAUUGCGUCUGCAGGGGUUUUUGACCUGCAGUGGGACGUGACUCGGUCGCAUCUGCCAACGUCGAUCGCGAAGGCAGUGGAAGAUAAAAAGAUGAAACUCCCAUCCCUGCCCUACAAGGUGAUGGCGGCAGAUAUCCUCAUUGAGGGAUGCGGCUGGGUCGAGCUCACGGCGCAGAUCCGCGCUAAGUCUCUAGAGGGCGAGUCCUCUAGAUCGUUGCCGCAGGUGGAGAUAUUCACCCCGAACGGACAACAUGUUGGCGUGCGGCGCCCGCUUGAAGCCUGGGAUUUCAUCGCCGAGAAGCUGGCCUCAGACAAGCGCAAGAGAGCGGGGCGAGGGCGACAGAGUAUCAGUCAGAAGAAGCGCGCUCAUCAUGGAUCGAGAGUCUGAACAUUUCCAUCAUCGAUCAACGGAGGCUACUACUAUGAUUCCUUUUUGGGUUUUAUUCAACACCUGCACAGUAUACAGCAUAGCGAUUGGUGUUUUGAUCGGGCAUUUAUUCUGGGAAAAGAAAAGUACUGUACUAUUAAACUAACUUAUCCAUAUAGACAUCUCCUAUCCAGUAUUGAC